AUGGCAGCUGCUCAACCUGAUGAAGUUCCGUCACUUGUCGUCGUAAAUGGUAUUGCAUCAACUUCACCUUCAGAAACAGAAAGUCAACCACCAAAUAUACCACAAACACCACAAAAUUCCGAUGCAUCUUCAUCACCAAACUCAAAUAAUAACAAUGCAAUCCCAUGUGACAAAAACCGGAUCAGUUUUAGCAGUAAACCGCGGUUUACCGGCGAAAACCGCCGGUUAACCGCGGGUCACCAUUAA